AUGGGAAGUAGAUGGAGAGAGGGGAAAGGAGAGAGAGAGGAAGAAGAGGAGAGAGGGGAGAAAAGGAGGGAGGGACAUACUCAUUGGAUUAUUGUUUUAUUAUAUUUCCACUUUAUACAGGACCAACCCAUUUCACAGAGGAUACAAGCAGCGCUCAGUACAGUCCAUCUCUACGCCAACCUAGAACCCCCGAAACCCCAGGCCAAGCCCAAACCCACAUCAACCUCCACAUCAUCGUCGUCGUCAUCGUCCUCAUCCAAGAAAUCAAAGAAGAGCAAAUCAAAGUCGAAGUCAAAAUCCAAACAGGACACUAAAAGCAAAAGUCGAGCGUCCCAGCUCGCUUCUCAGCAAGAGGGAAGAUUCCAGAUUGUAUCAACGUACAGGGGAGUCAAUCUGAAAGAACUCGAUGGGCAAAGUGCCCCCUCUAGUGUCAGUAAUGGUGUCAGUCGGAAUAAAGGAGGAGCCAAGGACGAGCUUUUCAGUCUAUUUGAUGCUGUCAUAGAUGAAGAGACUUCAAGUAGUUACCAGAGGCAAUCCUCCAAAACAGACUCCAUCACAUGUAACUCGGUGCAGAUGAUUCGAGAGAAGCUGGUCAUCGACGCUGGUUCCGCCAGCGAGUACGUCUACGAUCUCUACUAUACGGAUGAUAAUCAGCUUGACUUUGGCCAGACUGUUGUCACCGGUGUCCAGCUGGAGGAUGAGGAGCUAGUACAUGAUUUCUUUGAUGAAGGAUCCCAUGAGACGUAUGAUGAUGAGGACGAUAGCAAUGAUGAAAACAAUUGGAGGAAUGAUUACCCAGAUGAGGAUCCUGAUAAACGACAUGAAGAUUUGUUUGACGAGUACAAAGAUGAGUAUCGAUACGGCGACGUCUCUAGCGACGAUGAUAUCCUCAACGACUACAGCGACUACAGGAAACGACCUGCCAAGAACCUGGACUACUUUGGAGGCAGGGAUCCACUAGAUGAUCUAAUGUGAUUGGCUAGUUACAAGCCAAUCACAGGUUCUGUUUGACUGUUUGUCCUUGUUUUUUCCUUCAGUUAUUUUUUUUUCACUUCUGUGGGUGUUUCCGGCAGCUUUUCUUGACCUAUCAUGUAUGAUGUACAUGGGAGGAUUUGUGUAUUACUACAGUACACACAUGUGUAAAAUCAGUUUGUGUACAAGAUAUGCCAUUCAUUCACAUUUUAGGUGUUGAAGAAAAUUGUUUUGGUGAUGGAAGAAAGUGAUUGUGAUCAAUUGCAAAUUUCUGUUGCAAGUUUACAAUUGAAAGAUCAAUUUUAGCUGAAGCAGAUCAGUGUGCACUCCUUUUUGCAGGAAGCAAAUCAACAAUCCAUUGUGAAUUUGAAAUUAAUUGCAAGACAUACGAUUGAUUUGGGCACCCCAAGUAAAUUUGCAAUUGGUUGUAAGAUUCUUGCAUUGCUCCAUCAUAAGUCUGUAUUUAAAAACACUAGAAUAGAUUUUUAAUUUCUCAGACUUAAUGUUUAAAUCUUUAAAAACAUUCCUUCUGCAUGAAAUUACUUGUUAUCAACUUCAAAGAACUUCUGCUGAUAUCAAAACUUAAGUAACUUUCAUUUAAACAAAGCGCUCAGCAGAUUGAGUUGCGUAGAAAUUGAGUAGCUUUCAGAGAAAGAUUAAGGAUAUACCUAAUCAUGUCGAGACGAAAUUCAGUUUUGAUCGAUUACAUUUGCCAUUAACUCGGGGCUUGUUAAUGGGAAAUAAGUGACUGACUGAAUAAAUAAGUAAGUGAAGAAAGAAAGGACUCAUGUGGAUGUGUUUGUGCCAUAGAGGAGAGAUUGAAAGAGGCCAAGAAAGGAACGGGGUCAUUUUGAAAGAACAGUAGAAAUGGAAAUUUUACAUUAGAGAGCAACGUAGGCUUUUAUCUGAUUGAUUACUAUGUAAGAAAUCUCUUUCUCCCAUAAUGCAAUGCCCUUGGUCUGUGCAUUUUUCAAAUCAUGGUUGUGCUGCAAUUGAAAACCUUGUCUGUUACUUCUUUAUCGUAGUUAAUCUAAGAGAGUGUCCAGAGAAUUUUAUGACAGAAUUUGGGUUAAAAGGUGCAAUUCGUAGGAGAAAAGGUGUUAUUUUUGUAUCGUUAUACAGUGACUUAUUUGUAAAAUUUUGUAUUUGUGAUAAAGCCUGUACCCUUUUUUUCUCUCUCUCUCUCUCUCUCUCUCAUCUUUUGAAUGUUGUGAUUGCAUCUUAAGGCAGCCAUUUUGCAAAUGUUCUCAAUUAAUAAUUUUUCAAAAUAUGUGUGUGCAUAUGUACAUUGCUCUGUAUAUUUUCAAAAAAAAUAACUAAACUUUUUUUCUAUACUUGCUUUAUUUUUUAAUUGAAUGAUUUUCCAUUUAAGUGGAAACUGUUAUCGCAUAUUAUUAUGUGACAAGAUAUAAAGUAUGAAAUCACUAGUUCUAUAUCUGUAGGGGACCGAGUAUUGCAUAGAAAUGAAUCUGUACUAGUAGUUUAAUUCACAAUUAGAAAUAGAUUACACCCUUCCACUAAAGUCGGACCCCACUCAAACUUCUUUGAGUGCUGUGCUAGCACUCAUUUUUGCAUAUUGAGAAAACAAUGUUUUUGAGAGAGAAAUACUGUAUAGAGUACAAGCAGAUCCCAAAUAAAUUGCAAUCUAGCAUGUAUUUUGAGCCAGCUAAAAACUUGCAGUGGUAACAGUAAACACACAGGCAAAUCUCACGUCGACCGUGCAUUCUUAGGGUAACAUACCUUGUAGUUAAAUUAAUGAGUCCUUUUCUUCUAAGCAUAGGUCGCUUUGCCAAACCAUCAGUACUAAAACAACAAAAGGGAAAUAAAUUCCCACGCACUGAGUAUAAAAAAGUGAAUAUUGUUGAAGUGUAUGUGUUCCUUUGCCAGAUUUAUAUUAGAAUUUUAUUUUAAUUUGAAUUCUGCCCAUUUGGUUUUGAAAUCAAUUAUCAAAUAGUUGAACAAUAAGUACAUGGCUAUUUCAAACUUACCAGUAGACAAGAUCUGCCUGCAUUUGUCAGGAUUGAAAAUCAGUGUAGUCGAGUUUGAAAUCAUUUUUUUAGAAACAGAUUUGUUUUUACUUGCCUGAUUUGUAAUUAAAUAUUUAGCCAGACAAUAAUUAAACAAGAUUUAGUUCCCAACUACAGCACUAAAUAUUCCAUUGUCAUAUCAUCAUUUGUAAUGUUUGUACUACUGGGUCUUGCCCUAUGAAAAUAAAAUAAAGUACUUCAAAAGUACUUUUUACCUGCAUGAGGUAUGCCUUUAUGGAGGAAAUUGUACAUAUCCAGCUUCUGGAGAUUAGUUUUGUAUUCAAUAUGAUAUUGUGAACUUGUAGCAUAGUCAAGAAGAAAGGCAUGUAUUCUUCGGGGUGUUUGAUGAUGCAUCUAUCUGAACAAACAUUUCUACUCUUAGUUUUUACUGGGAGUUUUUCUAUAGGCUUUUACCUUCAUAUGAUGAUAUAAGAUGGAAAGGAGAAAACUUUUUCUUUACAAAUAAUGUGCAUCCGAAAAAUUCCAUAAAGUUGUCUAUUAGUGGUCUUUCCUAAUUAUGACUUUCAGUCAAUUUUAUGGUAUAUUGUGAUCAUUUAGUGUAUGAUCUCUGUUUCAGCAAGGGC